AUGCGGAGCCGCAGCAGAACCGCGAUCGCCUCAAGUACCGCUGCUGCGCCCAGCGCGCGCCGCGCCCGCCGCCCCCCUUCCCGCCUCGAUCGCGCGCUUCUGCUUCCCGCCUUUUUGUCCUCCCUCAGCAGCCGGCGAGUUCGGGGCGUUAGCGUGCCCCGUCAUGAGGUGCUGGCUCUGAGACCCGCCCUUUUCUCCGAGGCCAUGGAAAAAGAAAAGCCGUUUAAAUUGUUCGUGCCGCCGCGCCUGAGCGGUGGUCAGGUGUCUGCAGUCAAACCUCAGACGAGCGCUCGGGCAACGGGGCUGUGUCAGGGUUUUAACAAAUGCCCAGAUGAUGAUUUUAAUUUGCCAUUUGUAAUGAUGAGUACACCAAACCGUGGUGAAAUCACUGAUUCAGAUGCGAUUUCACAUCAAGUAAAACUUUGCUCUGAAGUAGAUGAAGAGAAUAUAGAAACAAUGAAUGAAUUGUAUUCAAAACUCUACAAAGAGGCUGAGAAGAUCAAGCAGUGGAAACUAACUGUAGAAUCAGAACUAAAGCAGAAAGAAAGAAAACUGCAAGAAAAUAGAAAGAUUAUUGAAGCACAGCGUAAAGCCAUUCAGGAAUUGCAGUUUGAAAAUGAAAAACUAAGUUUAAAACUGGAAGAUGAGAUAUGUGAAAAUAAAGAUCUUUUAAAAGAAAACAGCGCUUCAAGGCAUCUGUGUAAUCUACUCAAGGAAACCUGUACUCACUUCACAGAGAAGUCCACCAAAUAUGAACACGAAAGAGAAGAAACAAGACAACUAUAUGCGGAACUUAAUAACAACGUUGAAAAAAUGAUAAUGGCAUUUGAAGAGCUUCGUGUGCAAGCAAAGAACACCAGAUUGGAAAUGUGUUUAAAAUUAAAAGAAGAAGCAGAAAAAGUGGACAAGUUUGAAAAAGAAUGCAAACUGGAAGUCAGUAUGAAGGAAAAACAGAUUUCAGCUCUUACCAUGCAGAGUGAUGAAAAAGAUGAUAUAAUAAAAGACAUCAAGACUCAGCUGCAGGAAUCCAAAAAUAAGAUUGCUGACUUAGUAGAAGCAAAAAGACAUGAAGGAGAAAUGUUAAAGGAAUCCCAGCUCAAUCAAGAACAUUUGAGGGCAGAACUGGAAGAGGCCAAAAUUUCAUUGCAAAAAACAGAGAUUACUCAAAAGAGCAUAGAAACCGAAUUGCAGACUGCAGUGGAAGCAUUAAUACAGGUCACUGGAGAAAAAGACGCACAAGUGGAAGAAUGUGAAAAAACUAAGGCUUUGCAUGCAUCCCUGAGAGAGGAGUUUGAGACUUCUAUUUCCAAUUUGAAAAGCUUGCUGCAGGAAGAGCAGAAUAGAUCAGACAAAUAUGAAGAUGAGUCAAAGCUACUUACCUUGGAGCUCAGAAAUAAGUCUGCUGAACUGGAAGAGAUGACCAAACUAAAAUGUGACAAAGAAAUGCAAGUUGAAGAGCUGUCAGAAACACUGAAAACAUUUGAAGGACUUCUUGUGAAGAAGAAAGAUCUUGAGGCUACUGUAGAAAGUUUGCAGGAGAGAGAAAAAGAAACAAAAAAUGUUCUCCAAAUCAGAGAGAAAGAAAUCCAUGAUUUGAAAGUACAGCUGACUAGUACAGCUGAAAAGGAACAAAAUUAUUUAAGACAGCUUAUGACACUGAAUACAGAUCUUGAACAAGAGGCGCUAAAGAAUGAACAACUAACAGUGUACACCAAUAAGCUUUUAUCAGAAAAAGAACAAAUAGCACAAGAGAAAAGUGGUAUGGCUACAGAGCUCAAGAAACUGCAAGAAAGUCAUGAGGAUAGCAGAAAAAAAGAAGAAAAUACAAAGCACUUAGUUGAAAACCUGGAGGAAGCAAACAGCCAGCUAAGAAAUGAGCUGGAGUCUUUGAAGGAGAAGAUGGCAAAGAAAGGUGAAGAGAUUAAAAGUAAACUGGAUGAAAGAGAAGAAAAUGCUAAGAAUAUUGAAAAUGAAAUUUCAAGAAAGGAAAAGCAGUUGAAGAUUCUAGAAAAUAAGUUGAAUAAUUUAAAGAAACAGGUGGAAAAUAAAACCAAAUGCAUUGAAGAGUUGCAACAGGAGAAUAAGAUGUUGAAAAAGAAAAUUACUGCAGAAAGCAAGAAGACAAGUAUUUAUGAAGGGAAGGUGAAUAAAUUACAGUUAGAGAUGGAAAAUAUGAACAAGCAGCAUAAGGAAACAGUUGACAUCUAUCAAAAAGACCUUGAAACAAAAACAGUAAAUGAAAAUAAACUUCUUCAAGAGGUAGAAAAGAUGAGGUUGCUUGCUGAUGAAGCAACAGUGACACAGAGAGAAACUGAUCUCCGAUGUCAGCACAAGAUAACUGAAAUGGUGGCACUUAUGGAAAAACACAAGCAUGAAUAUGAUAAAAUGGUUGAAGAAAAAGAUACAGAGUUAAAACUUUAUAAAAUAAAAGAGCAAGAGCAUUUAUCAUCAAAAAGAUCAUUGGAAAGUGAGCUGUCAUGUUUGAAAAGUGAACUGUCAUCCCUUAAGGAACAACUUAAAGCAGAAAUUGAAGAGAAGGAGAAUCUUGCAAGAGAACCCCCCCAAAAUAUGGUUCCUGAAAAUGAAAAGAAGUCCAAGAAAACACAAACUCAUUUUUCUGAGACUCCUAAACCUCAUUUAGAUCUGGAGUGUGCAUCUAUUAAUGUAAAAAAUAAAAAGUCUCCAAAUGAUAUUCCUGUAAAAGUCAACACGAUGGAAAAGAAAAAAUUGCUUCCUUCUGUAUCUGCAAGAAGUCCCUUGGGUAGUCCAUCAUUAAAGACAUAUAUUAUAAAGACUCCUCCAGUACAUAAACUGCAAAGUGAAAGCACAAAUCUGCAUUCAGAACAGUGCAUGAGGAAAAAGCAAAAAGUGCUUCUCCAGCUGGAUGCUCACUCAGAUAGCUCUGAACGCAGUGACCUCCUGAGCAUAGUCUCAGAGGAAGAAAUGUUUAAAAAAUUGUACAAAGAUUAUCCUCAAGCUUCACAAUUAUGCGCCAUGACACCAAAAAAGAAACCAACUACAUCAAACCUGAAAACUCCAGGCUCUGUACUGAAACUGACAACCAUGAGAAAAAUGCGAGAGGCUGGAUGGACUGCAGUCUCUAAAAUGGACAGGAAAAGGAAAAUGAAAGAAGCUGAAAAACUCUUUACUUAAAAUGAAAAAAAGUUACUAGUGCCCUAGCAUUAUUUGAUUAGUACAACCACAGUGUUAUUAUUCCUUCAGAGUUAGUACGUUCUUGCAUUUUUCUGUCAUACUCAGUAUGUUUAGUACUACAUUCAUUUCCUUUAUACACAUAAACCUUAUAGAUACAUAACUACAUCAGCCUGCAGAGCGUUUUCUACAUUUCAUUCCCUGUGCUAUAAAAAGUCAGGAGACAAAUCAGCCCAUUUUAAAAUUUAGAAAUAAGUAUAACUACAUAGAAAGCUGUUUCAAAAAGAAAAUAUUGGCAUUAGAAAUACUGGUUUUAAGUAAAUUCAGUUUUGUUCUUUUAAAUUUACUCUCUUCUUCUUCAUAAUUAAAAAAAUUCAGUGAAAUUAAAAAAAAAUAUUUAGUGAAAGAAGUACUGAAGCUGUUAAAAUGCAUGCAUUUUUACCUGAAGUUGUCUUGCUUUUUUGUUAAUUUAAAAUGUUGUCAGAACUGUCUUUUUAGACUGUUUUGUUUUCAGUAGCUUUUAUUUCAGUAUGUUAACACAGUUUUGAAAUUUUUAAAAUUGACUUUUCAAUAGAAUUACUUCGGUUUAAAAAGAUUUUGGCUUCAUAAGGAAUAAAAUAUGCACACAUAUUUUAAGAUUGUAAAAACAAUGUUAAGACAUCAUUAAAUUGUUUAUCUGAAACAGGAAGUGUGGGACCAAAUGUUGUUGCUUUAUGUAUUAGAACAGAGAUAUAAAUCACCAGGCAGCCUUCCUAAGGUCUAACAGCUUCUGCCAUGUACGCAUAAGAAUUGUUUAGAAUAACAUAUUUUUCUGCAUUAAGCCUUGAUUAAUCUUGGUUUCACAGCAACAGUGAAAACCUGCUUCAGAGCCUAGAGAUAACAAGAAAAUGACAGGUACAUCUUAAAAUAUUAUGAAAAAUCAAAAUCCUGGAUUCAUCUCAAGUGGGUAGCAAAACAUGUACUUCAUUCUUUUUGGGUAGCAAUUGCACACACAGUAUAGACUGGUAGUUUGGGUUCCUCAUGCCUUAUCUGUUAAGCAGUGAUACUAAUAAUGAUUUUUUUAUUUUAUGUAACUGACAAAUAUUCUCCAAAGAUCUGAAAGAAUAUACUGGGGUUUUCUCCAUAUUUGGAAAUGGAAUCUGUUAUGCAAGCAAAUUUUCUGACAAGUUAGAAUGGUUUUUCUUGCUAGAAAGUUCUUUCAUAUGUUUGCGGAAUAUUGAGUUUUUAUAAUAUGUCUGCUUAAAUAGUGUAAACUAGACCAAAUGAAGAACAGAGAAGCUGCUUAUAACACACAAAUUCCAGAUGUCUGUUCUUUCCAAGAAAGAUUAUUUUACUGCAAGUAGUGUAAAAUAAUCCAUUUAAACCUCUCCCAGAUAUAUUAAUUACUCAUUUUUUUUGACUGGAUACAGAGAAUGUCAUGCAAAAUCAGUUAUUCUUCAUUUUACUUCAUGAUGUUACUAAUAGCUCUUCAGCUACUUUGCAGGAAAAAGAAAAUGCAGUCACCAGAAACGCAACAGAUACAUGCGGCUUGUCAUUUAUUUUAGUAGGGAGUGGUGUUUUACACAAGAUCUAAAUACUUGCCAAGGAUUGUUACUUCAUUUCAAGAUGGCAUAUUUCUAAUUUUGACUGUUGCUGUUGUGGACAUGUUCCACAGAUACGCAGACUCAACUCCUAAGCUAGUUACUGAGCAAUCAAAAAUAAAAAUUCCACUUGUUUCUGAGUGUGAUGACACUUCCUCUAUGUAGUCUUCUCAGCUAUGGCUCACAUAUAGAUUCAUGAACUAUAAUUUUGCAACCUUAAGAUUCAAAAUCCACAUCAAGCCUAGCCUACCCACAUUCUUAGCUUUGCUAAUUCCAGAAUAUGUGAUAUUUGAAUGUCUUACUAUAAAAAACAGGAUUUAAAUGAUUGUUCAUUUAACUUUACAUGAAUUUACAUGAAAAAUAAAUUUGUAUCUACCAAACAUGAUUUCCAGUAUAGUGGUAUAUGUAUAGUAUCUGACAUUGUAGAAGAAAUUACAAGAAACUUAAGCAGUAAGAAUUAGAAAUGUUAGUUAACUGUUGUAAGAGUUUCUGCAUGUCACAGUGAGUCUUGUGGUAAAUAAAAUGUCUUGAAGGUGGAGAACAGCCCACUUGAACCAGUAAAAAUUCAAGACUGUACUGCCCACAUCUAGUCUCAAAUGGUAAGUAA